UCAACUGUUUACCAGCUCUAAAACAGACGGAACUUUGUGAAAAAUUGUCAAAAGAGGGAGAAUUAAAAUAAAAUUAAUUAUUAAAAUCGAAACGACUAGAUCUAAUUAAUUUACUAGCAAAAAAUACGAAUAAGAAUAACCUAAAGAAUAGAAAAUAAAUUUAAAAAGAGUUUACACAAACAUGUUUUCUAAAAAUGUUUCGAGAAAUGUUUAACAUUAAAAAGUGAAACGAGAAAAGCAAGCAAAUACAAAACAAGAACGACCAAGUUGCCUGGCAAAGAAAUACGAAAAGGGGCACAACUAAAAACAAAGAGUGUAAAGUUCGCACAGCAGUGUCUGACUGACGUCGAGGCACAAGGUGUUUUUGGCGUAGCGUACCUACGUUCCGUUCCGUUUUUCGGUUUCUCUUUAUUUUGGGCAAACAAAAGUCUUUCCUUUUCUUUAUUGGGGAAGGCCUUUAACCUUUGUUAGCAUUUGCCAUUUGGUGUCUAAUUAUAGAUCAAUUCCCUAGGGAUUGGAAUUUUUUGUGUAUAGUUUCCUAUUGCCAAACCACUUUGGGAAUCGGGAAGUGCAAAGCACUCGCAACAUUAUCAUUUCCAACAAACUUCGACCAAAGACAUACCCUCCAAACCAACUGAAGUAGAAGAAGAAGCAUUCCACAUUGAGACUGCACUGAGAAUUCCGACACUGUCUAACAAAAAAAAGUACUACUACCAACUAUUUAUUACUACGACAACUCAUCGCACUGCACUAGAGGGAAGACCUUGAGAGAUCUGGCUUAUGGUUGCAAAUAAUCGCCAAAUCGCUCUGAUUGCCGUUUGCCGACGUUCAUUUAUGAUUGUGCAAAAUCACCAUCACCAGGCAGCCUAAGCAAAAUAGCCGACAACAACGUAAACGUAAACACUCACACACAUUGGGAUUGUGUGUUUUGAAAUUAUUAUUAUUGUUGUUUUUAUUACACAUCUAGAAGCUGGUGUGUUUGUGAUUUUUGUCUUAACUCAAUAAUUAUCAUCAGCUGGAAAUUAUCGUAACUCUAAAGCAGAGUGGAGGUGACGGGAAGAAAAGUUGCCUACCAAACGUAUUAGCAGCAGCAACAAAUCUGAAACAGUUACCCUAAGCCGACACAAUGUCAAUACGAACCAAAGUUCUUGGCAUGGUGGAUGUCAUUAUGCGUGUUCCACCAAUUUUAAUUAUAGAUGAAAUCCUAAGAAUUGAUAUGGGACUUUCCAGUAGCGGCAGUAGUAGUAGUGCUGGUGCUGGCGGUGGAGGAGGUGUUGGGAGUGUUGAUUCGACAGUAGAUGUUGUGGAUAGUAGUAAUGCUGCCGGUGUGGCGGAAUCAAUUGUUGCAGCUGCAGCAACGGCUGCUACCACAGCGAACGAUACCAACCCCGGUGGAGGUUUUUUAGGACAAAUGUUUGUUGACCUCGUCGAGGAUUUUACAAGUGAAACAUAUAUAUCGGACCUGCUCGGAUUAACAUCAGUGAGAUUUCUUAUAUGUCUGUUAGGUCUUAUAUGUGCUAUUUGUGUUGUUGUGCUUUGGACGAGGCAUUUGGUUGUGGUGUAUAUGUUUGUGAUAUCACUGGGUUUAACCUUCCUCUCACACUGGUCAAAUAUAACGGCUCUGGCGAUAAUCGAAAAAAGUCCCUGCAUACUGGAGGAUGUAUUGUCGAUGAACACAACACGUUUAAUGGAUACCGGUAGUGUUGUUGUGGCGGUAGCACCACAUAUUGUCGCUCAAUGGUUUAUGGGUAUGCUAUUUGCCUAUAUACAUUUGGGUCCACGCUACAAGAUGCUGCAAAAAAAGUUGCCAUUGAUUUUUGCCAGUCCCAUAUUACUAGCCACUUUGCCACUGAAACCCAGAUUAAUAAAAUAUCUAUCACUGCUGGCACAUACCAUACCAUUGAUAUUAACGAAAAUCACCCUCUUAACUAGUGCCAUGGAUGUCAUUAAGACUGUCUGCAAUGGCUAUAUGUAUGCCAUAAAUUUUAUAAGUAAUUUUGGUGUAUCCGCUUUGAUUGAGAACGAAUGGCAGCGGCUGAAUGUGCCAAGUGUUUUGAGAGUUUUCUGGAUCAUAAGAAUGACUCUUGAAUUCGUUUCAAUGAUGUUGCGCAAUGAAGUGAACUCUGGAAAUCUUUUACCCACCAUACAAUCGCUGCUCGUCAAUGGCUGUGGAACAUUAACGACUGUCUUGGGCAUGACAUCUGUUAUAUCGGUGAUAUGUGAUUACAUAGGCAAAGCUUUCCAAUGGUAUCUCUUGACAUUCGACAAUGAAGAAGAGAAAUCUCUGGGUACUGUGUCGGCAGUUUUGUUCUAUGUUCUGGCCCUACAAACCGGCCUAACAUCAUUGGAUCCCGAUAAGCGUUUUGUGCGUCUAUGCCGCAAUUUAAGUCUUUUAAUUACGGCAUUGUUGCACUUUAUCCAUAACAUUGUCUCACCCAUGCUUAUGUCGCUGAGUGCAGCCCGUAAUCCAUCACGUAAACGUCAUUUCCGUGCCUUAACCGUGUGCGUAUUCCUAGUCAUUGCUCCGAUUUGUCUGUUGAUCACACUGUGGAAACGUCAUUCACCGUCGACAUGGUUGUUGGCCGUGACAGCUUUUUCAGUGGAGGUUGUUGUAAAGGUUCUCGUUUCCUUGGCCACCUAUACCUUGUUCCUUGUGGAUGCAUGGCGUUCCACGUUCUGGGAGAAAUUGGAUGACUAUUUGUAUUAUGUCCGUGCUUUUGGCAAUUCCGUAGAAUUUUGUUUUGGUAUUUUGCUAUUCUUUAAUGGUGCUUGGAUAUUGGUCUUUGAGUCGGCACAAAAUGCUACAGGCGGCGCCAUCCGUGCAAUUAUGAUGUGCAUACAUGCUUACUUCAACAUUUGGUGUGAGGCUCGUGCCGGUUGGUCAGUGUUUAUGAAGAGACGAUCUGCUGUACAUAAAAUAUCAACGCUGCCAGAGGCAACACCGGCCCAGUUGCAGGCUUUCGAUGAUGUCUGUGCUAUUUGUUAUCAGGAAAUGCAUUCAGCCAAAAUAACCCGUUGCCGUCACUAUUUCCAUAGUGUAUGCUUACGCAAGUGGCUAUACGUUCAAGAUAGAUGUCCAUUGUGUCACGAAAUCAUGAUGUACACCGAUCGAACAGAUGAUUCGCACAAUAAUGUGCCACACCAGCAGGAUAUGGAUGCUCCAUUAGUUAAUCGUAAUAGAGAGGAUGUUGCCUUAGAAAAUGCACGAAGUCGAUCGACAGCUGAUGCCGAUAACAACACAUCAUCGUCGUCAUCAUCAUCAACGUCUGCAACAACAACAACAGUAUCUGCCAGUCUCUUGGCCACAGCUAGUGGCGUCGCUAGCGUAAGUUCUGGUCUAGUUAGCAGUAAUUUUAGUGCGGGUAGUGGCGGUUCCAGCGCUGCAUCACAUUCAUCAUCGUCAUCACAGAUCAAUACCACCGCACCGACAACAUCCAGAACAGCAGCUGUUGCUGCCACCGCCACAGCGGCGGCGAGCAAUUCAACGCAUAGUUUUCGGUUUCCAUCCGAUUUUGAUGUACAGGAUUAACUAUAACUAUAAUUUAAUGUAAUUAAAAUAAAACAAAACAAAAAAAAAAAACACAAAAAAUAAAUAUACUAUAACUACUA